CGCUUGAAUUUGAUUAAAUUUUGGUUAUUCGCUUGGAUUUGAUUUAUAUGUUUUGUGGUGCACAGUACCCACGAUCCAGGAAUGAAAGUGAAACUGAACCCACUCCGUAGAAUUUUCCUGUGAUUGUGGUGUUCCAUGUAUAUUCGAUUGUAGGUGUUGACAGUUAUGUUUAUGACAUAACCUAUAAUUUUUGACAACAUUUGAAAUUCAAAUUAUUUUCAUUUAUUAAGAUUUUGAUGAGGAUUCCCAACUUAAAAAACUGUUUACAAUUACGAAAAUGUUAUUUACACACAACAAAUAUACUGGCAAACCGCCAGACAGGAAAUGCAAUGAAAAAAGUGCUGGGACUGAAGAAGAGGAAAUAUUUUUUUGCUGAUUCGCCACCUGCGAUUUCAUCCCCAGAGAUUUUCAGCAAAGGAGCUUCAGAUGGAAAGCAUGGAGAUUCACGAAGAGUUGCAGUCCUGAACAAACUAUUCAUGAGGCACAUUACCGAUCAAAUGGUAACUGGUCAGUAUGCCUCAGAAAUAUUAGGGCAUGGAAUUGAAGUUAAUAAGGUCAAAGUUACACCAGACUAUAAAUUUUUAAGAGUGUAUUGGAUAGCUAGAAAAAGCAAAAAUGAUGAAGCUAUUGAGAGAAUCUUAAAUAAAAAUGCAGGCUUUUUAAGACAUGAAUUAUCCUCCCUACAAGUAAUGGGAAAAAUGCCUAUGAUACAUUUUGUUAAAGAUAAGGAGUAUGGUUCCAUCAGUGAAGUAGAUAACAGACUAGCAGUAGCUGAUUUUGGUGAAGACCAUAUUCCCAUAGAUCCAGCAGAUAAGUUAAAAUCUGAACUGGAACUUUGUGUGCCUCUGGAAGCGAGUACAAAGUAUCAUCCACAUCAAAAUAUAGGUUGAUUACACAAAGCAAUACUCACGAACAUUGAUGUUUUGAGGAAAUUGGUUAAUUCAAAUCAUAUUCUAAUUGUGAAUUAUUCUACUAAUAGGAAAAGAUAAAACAAUUAGAAGAAGAACAUGAUGAGAUAGAGGAUAUUCCCCUUCCAGCAAUGCCUCAGAAUGUUUUAGGUUUAGAUUAUGCUGCUAUUUUGAAUAGGGUCAAAAAGCAGAUGAAAAAAUCAGAAGGUAUCCAUAGACAAAGCAGCACAGAAAAUGAGGAAACUUGGGCUAAGUUUAAAUUGAGUCAGUCAGUUAAUGAAGAUCCUUUAAUUCUUGGUAGUGGGAAGACUCAACGAGAGGCAUUCAGGGAAUUCUUAUUUAAAAGACAGUUAACGAGAAAUAAAGCAAAAAGAGCCAAAAAUGCCACAGCUGAUAUUGAGUAUAUCAGAGAGGAGUUGAGAGAAAGACAUCUGGAUAGGUUGCAGAAGCUCAACUUGACUGAAAAUGUAGAUGACGAUUUUAUUGAAGAGGAUGUAGAUGACCAUCAUUUACCUAAAUGAGUUUAUAAAAUUAUGACCAUUAAAAGGAUAUUUAUUAUAGUACAGUUGUAAUAUACAAAAAUAAAAAUAAGCUUGAAAUUGG